CUUUACUUGUCUGCUUUCUGAAAUGGACCCAGGACCACCACCACCACUUCCUGGAGAGAUUGAUUUUGAAGAUUAUCCAGUUGACCGACAGUCAUGUCAACUGCUAGGCCCUACUGCGUUGAUCGUACAAUCGCUUAUGGGUGUUGUUGUGAUACUAUCUCUGCUAUACAAGCGGCAGCGAGAGAAACCUAAACGUCCAUGGCGCAUCUGGCUUUUUGACGUGUCAAAGCAGGUUGUUGGGCAGAUGUUCGUCCAUGGGGUGAAUGUCUUGAUUUCGGACGUGGGCUCGCAUCGGACGGCCGGGAACGCUUGUGUGUUCUAUUUUCUAAACAUUCUUGUCGAUACCACGCUCGGCGUCGCAUGCAUCUACUUGAUUCUACGUGUCACAACACACAUCCUCUCCGAGCGCUUCCAGUUCAAAGGCUACGAAUCUGGCCAGUAUGGCACUCCUCCGUCCGUCAUAUACUGGCUUCGCCAAGCUGCAGUCUACGUUUUCGCCCUCACGUCCAUGAAAAUCCUGGUCCUUAUUCUCUUCGCUCUCUUCCCGGGGAUAUUCAAGCUGGGAGAUUGGUUGUUAAGUUGGUUGGGUCACGGAGAUGCCGUCCAGGUCAUAUUUACGAUGGGUCUAUUCCCCAUCCUUAUGAAUGUCCUCCAGUUCUGGCUCAUCGACUCCAUCGUCAAAGCCUCCACCGCCAACCCCGCACUCACCCUCCCCUCUGACGCCGAAGCUGGUUCAUCUCCGCAUACUUCCGAAGACCGCCAACCCCUCUUCCGCGCCUCUAACGAGUACGACUCCGACUCUGACAACGAAGGCCUCGAUACUCGUCACCCUCAUCACCACACCACCGACCUCGAAUCCCAAACCCAAGUCACCCGUCGUUCCAACCCUCCUUCCCGCUCCAACUCCGCCGAACCGAAGAACGCCCGUCGACUAUCGACCGACUCGGACCCUAAAGACACCUUCGAACCUUCCUCCACCCAUUCCUCAUCCUCCCACAUCUCCAUCUCUCACCCCACUCCGAAGGACGCCGACCCUCACGCAUACCCACCCAGUCUCGGCUCGUCACCAUCUUCGUCAUCGAGAAGAACGAUGAGUUGCUCGCCGGGCUCGAGGAUGCUUUCGGGCUCGAUCAGUUCGAUUUCGGCUUCGACGAGGAAGAGGCGGUCGCCGCCGCCGCCUUUGUUACCAAGAUCGCCGAUGCAGCCUGCGAUUAAUUCGCCGUCGAUUACGCAGGCGAUGAGUAUGGGUGCUGGGGCGGAGAUUGAGAUGAAGGUUGAGGGCAAGGGCGAUGUUGGUGCGCGGCGGAAGCAUAGGAAGAGUGAGAGUGGCGGGAAGGAUGAGUGGGGGUGGGAUAGUGACGGUGAAGGGGAAACCGAGGCUGGUGCUGAUCGUCUCGAUGUGAAGGAUCGUAAGGAGAGUGCCUUAACGGCACACGAUGAUGACUGGGCAAAUAGGGUAGGUGAAGAGGAUUGGACGGGACGGAGGAUGGAGGCGAGAAAGGGGGAGGUGGAACAGGUCUGGAAGAGUACCGCAUAGCAAUAGAUCUCCUUUUCUCUUCUCUUUUUAUUCCUUGGUCUCUUUUUUAUUUCUCCUCUUCUACAUCAUAAGACACUGGCCGGACGCCUCACACAUUCAUUCUCUUUCACAUAUUGUCUAAUAUCCUUCUGUUUGUUGGUUCGUGCACGUACACAUAUACAUCCACACGCCACACGGCGCGUAUUUUUAUACAUAGUGUACUUUACUUUCAUUAUUGAUGUGUACUCUGCAGUCUGCAUUGGCUGUCUUCUGGAUCGCGCAGCGGUGUGCAUAUAUAUACC